AUGGAUUGCACCAAAUUGGCAGAGGAUGGGAUCCCUGAGUUAAGAAUGGAGUUCAACAAUGAAGAGGAUACGUACAAGUUUUACAACAAGUAUGUUUUUAGAAUGGGUUUUAGUGUACGUAAAGACUAUCUGAAUAAAGACAAAGACGGCGUGGUCACAUCUAGGAGAUAUAGUUGUUGCAAGGAAGGUGUGAAGUGCAAGUACGAAGAGCAUAACCAUGAGUUGCACAUUACUCAACGUGCGCACAUGAUGCCAUCACAAAGAAAAGUGAGUGAGACUCAAGAAUUCCAAACUAAAAUAAGCGAAGACGCUGGACUUUCAUUGAAACAGAGUCAUGAGCUUAUGGGAAAGGAGGCAGGUGGGAUGGAAAAUGUGGGAUAUACUCGGGAAGAUCUGAAACGAUAUCUUCGUACUCGACGGGAAAGGAGUUUGAAAUAUGGAGAAGCAGGUAGCAUGCUGAAUUAUUUUUAA